AUGGAGAGUGCCAGAGCGUUCGUGAAGAAAUAUCCUGUUGACGGUUUCAAUUUGGGCAUCCUCCCAUAUGAUCUCAGUGAGUACCAACUUCUGAAGGAACUUGUCGCGGCCAUUAAAGAGCUCAACCUACGGGCAUGUUUAUGGUUCAUAACAUCUCAUUGGCAGGAAAUCAAACGAACCGGCCUAGGGAAGAUAGUCGAUAGUGCCAGUGUUAGCCUGUGGCCAAGUGACAACAAAGAAUCCAUAGAAAACUUCAAUACGGACCGUUUCGCCGAAGAUACGAUCAAAGAUGUCGUGAAAGCAGGUGUAGAUCUCAAUAAGCUGAUCCUUUCU